AUGGAACUUGAAAGCUUCAAUCCUCACACUUUGGAGUGGAGAAUUGGAGAUGGUGAAGCGCGAGAGAAAGAGAGACAUGGUCAUGUCCACAGCCCAGGGCAAGAACUAGGAAGGAAUACCCAAGUUGUGAAAUGGGAAUUAUCUAAGUUUGUGUUUAAGAAUCUUACAUCACGUUUCGAGUCCGCUAGAAUGAUUCGGGACGGGUUGGGUCACAAGGUUUUAAUUGAAAAUCAGAUGGCUAUAAAGAUUAAAGUUUUAAGAAUUGAUAAAUGCAAGUUACUGACUGGGUUCAUCCUGGUUCAUGAGAUGAUGCAUGAGUGGCUGCAACUUAAAGGUACUCUUUCUUUGUACUAUAAAGUUGUCUGCUAUGCUUUAGAAGUUUAUUACAAAAUUAGCAACUGUGUCGACCCUAAUCUAAGUCCAGAAGUUGAAGAAAGUAUCUGCCAAGUGUUAGCUCAUAUGUGGUUGGAUUCCAAAAUUAUAGCUGGUUCUCGUAGUAAUGUUGCUUCGACUUCAUCCUCUUCGUCUUCCUCCUCAUCUAGUUCUUCUAGAGGGAAAAAGGUCUGA